UCCACUCAGGAAGGAGCGUCUCCAUGGAUGCGAUUGGCCCGUUAAUUCAUGCUUAUCGUCGGUUUGAAACGACGGAUGCUUUAUGUUUUUUCUAUGAACCGCCAUGCGUUGUUUUCGCUCGUCUCUCCUCGGACAAAGCAGCAUGCGAGUUUGAUGGACUGAUGGCACCCAAAUAUGGAAGGUGGUGGGGGUAAUAAUAACGAGGGUCUGUGAGUUCCGUUUGCCUCUGCUUUUUCGUUCCUCUCCCUGUCGAGUACUGUAGUAGUACUGCUAGUGAUGACCUGGUCAGACACGCCAGUCUCAGUCGACGCCGUCAUAGACGGUGCGCUGUAUAUCGGAAAUCUUGCAGCAGCCCUCUCCCAGGAUAUACGCAAGAAGCUCGGCAUCACACACGUCCUGUCUGUCUGUACAGAACACACCUUCGAACCACAACACAACUGGCUCACCGUCGCAGUUCAAGACUCCGAAUACGAAGAUCUCCUCAUACACCUCCCACGCACAUGUGCGUUCAUACAGUCCGCUCUCGACAGCGGCGGGCGCGUCCUCGUUCAUUGCAUGAUGGGCAUAUCUCGCAGUGCGACCGUUGUGUGUGCUUACCUAAUGGUGUCACAGCGUCUAUCUGCCCAUGCUGCCAUUCGAUUCCUUGAGAGACGCCGUCCUCAGGUGCACCCCAAUUACGGCUUUAGGAAACAACUGCAAGCGUUCGCAGACUGCCGAUUCAAUCCAUCCUGCACGAAUGCCGAAUACAUCGCUUGGAAACGUCGCCAGAAGCGGGACGCUACUAAGUAUAUCAACCUUGUCACAGACACGAUCCCUGUUAUACCCGACCAGCUAUACAUCAACAGUGAAUUCCCGAGCGACCCAGACACUGCGGAAUGCUUACUCUUAGAUCUCGGCACAACACACCUACUCUCCAUAUCCUCUGCUCAACUUCCCAAACCGAAUUUACCACCCACCUUCGAACACUGUUUCAUCGACAUCCCGAAUAGCGCACGGGAGUCGCUCUUGCUCGAGUUACCUACCGCAUGCAGGUUCAUAAGCGAUGCUAUACAGAAGGGGAAACAGGUCCUCAUACAGUGUCGUGUCGAAUUGAGAGCGUGUAUUGUUGCUUGUGCUUAUCUCAUGACCACUCGCAAACUGACACCUCGACAAGCCCACGGCGUCCUCGAAUCCGCCCUCCCACUCUACAACCCAACUUCGACAUUCUAUCGUCACCUCGACCUCUUCGCGGCGUGUGAAUAUGCGCCAACACAAAAUCAUCCAUUGGUGAGAGCGUGGAUUGCCGACCGGCAGCAGGGAUCAUCAACUAGUGGGUCGAAAACAGGCGGGAAUUCGAGUGGGGUGGAGAAGCCCUACAGGGGUGUUUCUGUAUCCGUGCCCGGCUCAACUACCGAAACUCAGACCCAUCAGAAUCAAAGUCGGUGUUUGAAAUCGGGCGGGAUAACAUCCGCUAUGAUGCUGUCGUCUUCGAUGCCAUCAGGAUCGAGUUUACCAUCAUCAUCGUGUCCGGUGUUCCAGAAAUCGGCGGCUUUGUCGUGCCAGAAGAUGCCAUCUCCUUCGUCUUCGAUAUUGUCGUCAUCGCAUCUAUCCUGGACCUCGACGUCAUCACCGUCAUCGCAGAUACCAUCGCAGAAGGGGUCACCAGUGUCAUUAUCAUCAUCGCCACCGUAUGCUCAGUCUGCGACGACGUACGCACACCCACACAUACACUCAUAUGCUCUCUCUCAGGCUGUUCCUCUGACGAACUCAUCUGGCGCUAGCGCCGUUCGAACCCGUCAGCGGGGAGGACCUAUAUCCUUGUAGCCCUCGUGUUACACUGUCGGAGUCGGUGGGGGGUGGACGCAUAUUUCCACAUUAGCCUGUUAGUGCCGACUAGGAUUGGGGAUCAUCCCGGUUUCAAGAUGGUGGAGACGGUAGU